AUGGCCUCGAAGUUGGAGGGAGCUGGCCCAGACGAGGCAGAUGUCAUCGCAGACCUGCCGGAGGAAGAGAAGGUGGAGACCGAGGCACAGAAGACCGAGCGCAAGGCCAAGGAGAGGAAGGAGGGCCUAAAAGAGUGGGGUGGAAGCGCAUCCGUGGCCAAGCUGCUCUCGCUAGCCACGUGGACGGACUUUCUGAUUCUCGCAAUCGGAUUCCUCGGGGCAGUGGCGCAUGGUGCUGGUCAGCCUUUGAUGUGCCUCAUGUUCGGUGACCUCAUCGAUGGUCUGGGCUCGACCAUGUUCGUUGAAUUCGACACGACUUCAUUUAUGAACAUGUCUGCAGCUGACCAAGCGUCCAUGAUGGAGCAGAUGUCUCAACAAGCCAAUGAGUUGAUGCUGGAGAGUGUGGGCGACACCGCCAUCAAGUUCAUCUUGAUCGGCUGCGGCGUAUGCGCUGCAGCCUCCCUGCAGGGCUUCUCAUUCGCUUACUUCGUCGACAACCAGGUUAAGAAGAUGAGGCCAAUGUACUUCGAUGCAAUGCUCCACCAGGAUGUUGGUUGGUUCGACACCCACAGCCCGGGUGCUCUUGCAGGUGAGAUGACUGCCGACCUGGAAGCUUUUCACGAAGCCUUUGGGACGAAGCUUGGGGUGUCGAUCAUGUCCUCCUCGGGCCUCAUCACUGGCUUGGCUGUGGGCUUCUUCUUGUCCUGGGAGAUCGCUCUCCUCAUGCUCGCUACCAUGCCCCUGAUGUCUGCCGGCGCUUUCAUCAUGGGACAGGCCCUCAUGGAUGCCGUGCAAGAGGUUCAAGGGCACUACGAGAAGGCGGCGGCCCUGGCGGAUGAGAUGCUGUUUGCGAUCCGCACCGUCGUCGCCUUUGGGGGCGAGGCUCGCGAAAUCCGUCGAUAUUCUGAUGCAGUGUCCUCCGCGUCCAAAGGAGGCCUCCGGAACAGAAUCAAGAUGGGCAUCGGCAUGGGCUAUAUCUGGCUCGUUUACUUUGCGGCGAUGGCUUUGGCAUUCUGGUACGCGAUGACGCUGAUGACUGGUGGCAAGGAGGAUCUCACCUCCGGGCGAGUUAUGGCAGCUUUCACUUGCGUCCUCACGAGCGGCUUCAUGAUCGGCAACAUCGCGCCCGGCUUUGCCAACAUCGCGGCGGCAAAGGUGUCCAUGGCCCGUUUCUUCUACUUGGUGAACCGUGAGUCGACGAUUCAGAAGAGAGUGCGAGAUGACCGUGAAGUCAUCGGCCCCAUCGAGACGCUUCAACUGGAGGACGUGCACUUUGCCUACCCCGCGCGCCCGGAGAUCACAGUACUGCAUGGCCUCUCUCUCACGAUUCAGAAGGGCAAGAAGGUGGCUGUCGUGGGAGAGUCGGGCAGCGGGAAGAGCACCAUCAUGGCGCUGCUGGAGCGCUUCUACGACCCCUCGGAGGGCAAAGUGCUCGUGAACGGGAAGGAUCUGAGGAACGUCAACGUUCAGUCUUACCGCAAGCAGAUCGGCUACGUUGGCCAGGAGCCAGUCCUCUUCGCCACCAGUGUGCGCGAAAACAUUCUGCAAGGCAGCAGUGGUGCGUCCGAAGAGGACUUCGAGGCAGCUGCCGCGCAGGCACAGCUGGACUUCGUGCGAGGGCUGCCCAAGGGCUUCGACACCUACGUGGGCUCCGGUGGGUCGCAGUUCUCCGGUGGGCAGAAGCAGCGCAUCGCCAUCGCCCGAGCGCUGCUCAAGAAGCCUUCGCUGCUGUUCUUGGACGAAGCCACGAGUGCCUUGGACAGCCGCUCCGAGAAGAUGAUCCAACGAACCAUUGACAGCCUGGGGAAGACGACGGCCGGCAAGAUGACCAUCGUCAGCAUCGCCCAUCGCUUGAGCACAGUGCAGAACUCCGAUAUCAUCUUCGUGCUGUCUGGUGGACGGGUCUCCGAGCAGGGCUCGCACAGCGAGUUGACGGCGCAGGAGGGUGGCAUCUACCAAGCUCUGGCAGCGGCCCAGGGAGCAGUCCUGGUUCAUCAGGACACGGGCGAUCUCGUGGUGGAAGAAGCAGGGGGCGAUCCGGUGGAUGAAGAAGCAGAGGUGAUGACCCCAAAGAUCAUGGCAGAGCCCUCGAAAGCGACGAACAUGGUGGCAGAGGAGGCUGAAGACGAGGAAGCCGAUCGGAUCAAGGACAUCACGAAGAACUACAAGGUGCCUAUGCGCCGUCUGUUGAGCUUCUCGCGGCCGUACUGGUGGGCCUUCGCUCCGGGCUUCCUUGCAGCUGUGGUCAGCGGCGCCUGUUUCCCAGUCCUGGGAGCCUUCGUCCUCGUCGAGGCAUUGAUGGCGCUGUUGCAGACUGACAUGGAUGUGAUGAGGAGAGAGGCCGAGCUGGCGGCGAUGUGGUUCCUGAUCUUCGGUGCCGCAAAGUGCGUGUCCUCGUGCUUGCAGUUUGCCUGCUUCGGGCUGAUUGCCGAGGUCACGACAAAGGAAGCCCGAGUGGCGCUGCUGACCAACAUGUUCCGGCAAGAUGUUGGCUUCCAUGACGACCCCGAAAACACCUCCGCCAAGUUGGUCGCGGCUCUGAAGAUCUACGCCUUCCGCAUUGCAAGAUUGAUCAUCACCUUUGGAGACAAAGCUGACGCCCUAUGCUCCGUCGUGGUCGGAUUGACGCUCGCCUUCAUCGCCAGCUGGGAAAUGGCCGGCGUCAUGCUGCUUGCGAUCCCGAUCUUCGGUGUAGCCCAAGGUGUCGAGAUGGCUAUGAUGGUGGGUGGCGAGAAGUCCGAAAACCACGUCCUGAAAGCAGCCACGCAGGUCCUCGCGGACUCGCUGCUGAAUUCCCGGACAGUGCAGGCUUCUGGCAAUGAGAGGGACGUCUGCAAGCUCUACACGAAGAUGGUGGACAGCAUUUCUCAGAACCUUCUGAAGAAGCACUUGCUGAAUGGGCUGGUCUUCGGCUUCGUGAGUGCCAUUGCUUUCUGGGUCAUGGCCGGCGGUUUCUACUUCAUGGGAGUUCUCAUCGACGCAGGGCGUGCCACCUUCGAGACGGGGCAGCAGGCAUUCAUGGGUAUCCUCUACGCAGGCCUGGGUGCAGGCAUGGCCUCGGCGCUUACAGGAGACCUGGCCAAGGCGAAGGUCGCCGCCCACGACAUGUUUGAGAUCCUUGACCGGGAGACGCGAAUCAAUGGCCUGGAGCCAACGGGCGAGUGCCUGCGUGCUGUCCAAGUGGGUCGUUUAGAGUUCCGGAACGUGCAGUUUGCCUAUCCGUUCCGGCCAGACGUGCAGGUGCUGAAAGGCAUUUCUUUCGUGCUGGAGGCAGGAAAGUCAGCCGGUCUGGUCGGCCCUUCUGGAGGAGGCAAGAGCACCGUCAUGGCAAUGCUGCAACGUUUCUACGAUCCAGGGAGCGGCGAUGUGCUGAUUGGAGGCACGCAGCAGCCGCUUCGGGAGCUCAACAUCCGGUGGUGGCGUAAGCAGAUCGGUUUUGUGGGCCAGGAGCCGAUUCUGUUCAACACCUCGAUCCUGGAGAACGUGAUGUAUGGCCUGGAGGAAAGUGAGAAAGUUUCUGACGAGCAUCUGCAGCAAUGCAAGAAGAUGGCCAACCUCAACUUCAUUGACAGCAACAAGGCCCAAGGCUGGGAAACGCAGGUUGGGCCGCGCGGGAGCCGGCUCUCAGGCGGGCAGAAGCAACGCGUGGCCAUCUGCCGGGCCUUGGUGCGGAACCCGCCAUUGCUGCUGCUGGAUGAGGCUACCAGCGCCCUAGACUCGCAAAGCGAGCGCCUGGUGCAGUCGGCACUGCAGGCUGCCCGGCAGGGCCGCACAUCCAUCGCCAUUGCUCAUCGGCUGUCUACCAUCCAGGACUGCGACGUUAUCAUCGUCGUGUCCGAGGGUCAGGUCGUGGAGACCGGAACCCCCACAGAGCUAAUGCAUGCGAAGGGCGUCUACUACAAGCUCCAGCGUGGUCAGAAGGAGUGA